AGAAUCAUACGAAAACGAGUUUAUUUUAUUUAUUUAUGAACGAGGACAACACUUUACCGAAUUAAAUUAGCCGCGAAGAAAAACGAAUUGAAGAAAAAGUACAAAGUUUCUGCAAAAUUUUAUUAACAAAAACCCCUCAUUUUUUUUUCUCUUCUUUCACUCUCUCACUUCAAAUUGUUCCGUCAAAUGGGUGACACCAAUACCGAAAGCAGCGAUUUCACCUCCGAAGACGAAGGCACCGAAGAUUACCGACGCGGCGGCUACCACGCCGUCCGAAUCGGCGACACUUUCAACUCCGGUCGGUAUGUCGUUCAGAGCAAGCUUGGGUGGGGCCAUUUCUCUACUGUCUGGCUCGCUUGGGAUACUCAUCAUUCUAGAUAUGUGGCUUUGAAAGUUCAAAAAAGUGCUCAGCAUUACACCGAGGCUGCCCUAGAUGAGAUAACUAUUUUGCAGCAGAUUGCGGAGGGAGACAAGGAUGAUAAAAAAUGUGUGGUUAAGCUUUUGGACCAUUUCAAGCAUUUUGGUCCGAAUGGACAGCAUGUUUGUAUGGUUUUUGAGUAUCUUGGGGAUAACCUCCUAACUCUUAUUAAGUAUAGUGAUUAUCGUGGAAUGCCUAUUAACAUGGUUAAAGAGAUAUGCUAUCAUAUUUUGGUUGGAUUGGAUUACUUACAUAGACAGCUUUCUAUCAUACAUACGGACUUGAAGCCCGAAAAUAUCCUUCUUUUAUCAGCGAUAGAUCCGUCUAAGGAUCCUAGAAAAUCUGGCGCUCCUCUUAUUCUUCCUAACAGUAAAGACAAAACGCUAGAGUCGACGGUUUCAAGAGACACAAAAACAUCCAAUGGAGAUUUGUUUAAGAAUCAUAAGAAAAAUAUUAAGAGAAAGGCUAAGCAAGCAGCUCAUGGAUGUGCUGAGAAGGAAGCAUCUGAAGGAGUUGAUGGUAAUCCUGAAACCUCUGGUGCUGUAGAAUCAUCUCCCCAUGCAAGUUCUGCAAGAGAACAAACUUCUAAUUCUGCUGGCACUAGUAAGAUAUCAGAUGCUGAUGAAGCGAAGUCAAAAGAGCAGGGCAACAGAAGAGGGAGCAGACAGAAACUGCUUGCCUCUGUUGAUAACAAAUGCAAGUUAGUUGACUUCGGUAAUGCUUGCUGGACAUAUAAACAGUUUACAAAUGAUAUUCAGACUAGGCAAUAUCGGUGCCCAGAGGUAAUCCUUGGAUCAAAAUAUUCUACAUCAGCAGAUCUUUGGUCGUUUGCUUGCAUAUGUUUUGAGCUUGCAACUGGAGACGUGUUAUUUGAUCCUCAUAGUGGCGACAACUUUGAUAGGGAUGAGGACCACUUGGCAUUAAUGAUGGAACUUCUUGGAAUGAUGCCGCGUAAGAUUGCACUAGGGGGGCGUUAUUCCCGGGAUUUCUUCAAUAGAUAUGGUGAUUUGAGACAUAUCCGUCGGUUACGAUUCUGGCCGUUAACUAAAGUGCUCACGGAGAAGUAUGAUUUUAAUGAGAAAGAUGCAAGUGACAUGAGUGACUUUUUGGUUUCUAUCCUUGACUUUGUUCCUGAGAAACGACCUACAGCUGGUCAAUGCCUGCUACAUCCAUGGAUGAAUGCAGGUCCGCGUACUUUGGAACCAUCAGUGCCUUCUUCUAAUCACAACCCUGCUGCUGAAACUGCUACUUCUGACCAGAAGAAUAAGGACAAAGAUGAGAGGGAGGCCAUGGAGGCUGGAAUGGGAAAUAUUGCUAUCAAUUCAGAUUGUAAGCCACUAAUGCAUUCACCAUCAAAUAAAAAGCCUCUCAAGGCAGCAGCAAGUAGUUCAUCAUGAAAGAGCUAUUUCCCGUGUAAUUGUAUUUAUUGUCUGCGCAUGCCCAAUGAUGUCUGUGUGAAUUGUUUUGGGGGCAUGUUUUCUGAACUGCUGGAUUUGGACGGAGUUGCACUUGUUUGAAACUAGCUGCCAGGCUUGGUGCUAGCUAGUCCCUUCAAGUCUGCCAUACAACACCACAAGGAUACUCCGUGAGCUAUAUAUCAUGUACCUUGUUUCUCAUGUCAAAGAUGAUGGCCUUUGUUCCAUGUUCCCAUUGACUUGUUUGUUAACAGUUGCUCAUUGUCAUGACUUAUGAUGUAUGUACUCUUGUGCGGAAUGAUAUUCCUGAUAUAUGAAAACAUUGCUGACCUGCGCCUCAGAGGCAUUCUUCAUUUCA